AUGCUGUCCGAAGGGUAUUUCUGUAGAAUUCUUUAUCAUGAUCUCUUGAAUUACAACCUGUGCAGCGAGCAAGGAGAAGAUGUAGCACAUGAGAUGACCUCUUUGAAUGACAUCAUUUUUGAGGAAAAACAAGACAGCAAUAUGUUUUGGAGGUGCAGAUCUUUUGGCAAAUUUAUAUUUUCUGUCCAUGCUAAAGAAAACAGAAACAGUAGGCAACAGAAGGAUGCAUUGACACAAGCUACUAAAAAACCAGCAUUUGAAAGGCAAACAUCUCCAGCUGUAGACAUUUGUAUAGGAUCUGCAAUAAACAGAGACACUUAUCUGGUUCCAUCUUCUUGUAACAGUAUUUGCAAGAACUAUAAUGACUUGCAUAUUGCUGGGGGCCAGGUGAUGCCUGUGAGCUCAGUUAAAACAGAUUUUAAUCAUGACAGUGGGAUUGGUCCAUUCUUGGAAUCAUCAGAGAUCCCACCACCAAUGGAAUCCAUAUCAGUGCCACCUACAGAAGUAUCCCGCAAGCCAACUCAAGGGCAUUCAUCGUGCUGGCGAGUAGCCAGCAUCAUGCAACAUCAGCAGCCCCUCUCUAAUUCAAUACUGAAUAACUACUUAGAGGAGAAGGUGGUAGAGCUCUACAAGCAAUAUAUCAUGGAUGGCAUGGGUAACAGUGCAUCUCCCACUCAAAUCUUGGCAUCAGAAUUCAUCAUGACUAAUGUCGAUCAAAUCAGCAUGAAACUAUCACAAGAGAGGAACAUGAAGACCACCAAAGCAAAAGACGUGGUUAUCAGCUGUCUACUGCGACUAGCUAGUGAGAAAGCAUACACUGAAAUGAGCACUCCUAGCCUCCAUAUUUCCCAGUUCAGCACUAUUACUAAAUAAAAGUUGAAUGCAGCUUGAAAGUAUUUAAAAAAAAUAAUGUUUAGUUUUUGUAUAGUAAAGCAUUUUAUUUUGUAGACAAACUCCUGCAAAGAAACCUUGUUUGAAAAUCACACAGAAAUCUUUGGCUGUUUUUGCACAGCCCAAAAUGGCAUAUUUUAUGUAUUGUAACUAGAUAUUGUGAAAUUGUAUAGAUUGUUAGAAAAUGCUGUGUUUUUUUCUAUGUGAUUGCUCUAUUACUUUUUUAAAAAACAAGAUCCCUUAUUCUUAUACAACUGUCUAGAAAAAAGGUUUAUUGCAUUGAAAAUCCUCAGUUCACAGGCCCCUUUCAAAGACAUUUCAGAAGACACCAUGGAAAUCCUGUUUAUGUAAGGAGUGGUACCAUAUCUUAGAUAAUGAUGAAUAUAUAUUCCAUAGGACUUAGGGAGAUAAAAACCAUGAAGUGCUAUAAUCAUAUUCAUUACAUCAAGCUGAAGCUAUUAAUAUUGUGCAGGCAUAUCUGUAAUAGUUUAAGAACUGUAUAUUAUUUUUAAAGCAGGAACAUUACUUCCUAAUGAUUUUAUCUCUUUACUGAGGUAUUUGUGUAAGACGCAAUGAAUUUGAUGCUUGCUUCUAUUAAAUACAUUAUAAGAGUCAUUCCACCACUGAUUUAUUUAAAAGAUCUUGCAAGUGUUCAAAGACUAACAGCAGUUGCAAAAAGAUAAGACAGUUUUAGCUUUUGU